GGUUGAGUGCUACAUAUCUGAAGAGGUUGUGGAAUUUUGUUCAGAGUACAUGGCUGGAGUUGAGGCAAUAGGAAUUAGCAAACCAAGAACUGACCCAGAUGAUGUUGAUAGAGGAUUAAGGGGCAAAGGGACAAUGGUGACAGUGUCCAAGCUUGAACUAGAUCAAGCUCAAUUAGUCGUGAUGAACAAUAACGCAGAGGUUCAACCAUAUAUAACUGACCAUAUGGAGCUGUUACAAUCAAUGGUUCCAAGAAAUCAAAAAAAUAAACAAAAAUGGGUUGCAGACCAACAUCGUCAAACUUUCAUUGGGUGGUUAAGGAAUACCAUUAUAUCAAAGUUGAACGAACCGAAUCAUGGAGUAUCUGAUGUGUUGAGUCGUAUUGCCCUUGGACCAACUUUUGCGGUUGCAAAGCAUGAAGCGUACAUUGUAAGGGGUAAACGUUUUCAUACAAAGUCAAGAGAUGAUGCUCGAGAGGUUCAAAAUAGUGGUAUACGUAUCGUCGCAGAAACUAUGCACUUUGCAAGUGCAAAAGAUAGAAACCCUGUUUUAGGUACUAUGACGUAUUACGGGGUCAUUGAAGAAAUAUGGGAGCUCAAUUAUUUUGCGUUCCGAAUUCCACUUUUUAAGUGUUCUUGGGUUGACAACAACGUUGGAGUAAAAACUGACGAGCUUGGUUUUACUUUGGUUGAUUUAAGUAAGAGAGGAAGCAAGAAUGAUCCAUUCAUCAUGGCUAGCCAAGCAGCUCAAGUUUUUUACAUUUCUGAUCCGGCUAAUGAUAAAUGGUCUAUUGUUUUAUCGACACCAGAGAGGAGGUUCUUAGAGACUGAAGAGGAUGAGGAGAAUGCUGACUUAUGUUACGAUGACUUCAUUGUUGGACAACCAAUUCAUGAGCAACUUAUGGGAAUUGAUCGUAACAUUGAGGAAGACGACGCUGAAUACAUUAGAAACGAUAUCAAUGAGGGAAUAUGGGUCAAUUGUGAUUCAGGCAAACAUAAACAAAAAAAGAAAAGAAAACGUGUCUAAUUGGUAACUUGAUAUAUAGCUUACUUUAUAUUGUGGUUGUGAAUGGUCCUGAAUACUUAACAAUUUGUUUAUGCUUUUAAUAUUUCAUAUACACUACUUGUUAUAUAUAUAGCUAACUUUGAAGUUUGUUUGUUAAUGGUGUAGACAUGGCGAACUCGGAAUCAGGAUCUGAUUCGGGAGCAGAAAAUGAGUGUCCAACCACAAUACCUACACGAGGGCCGACGCAAAUGAAUGAAAUAUCCAAACUAAUGGAUCAGGGCAAAAGAGUGGCCCUCGAAGUUAAUGAUAAAGGUCAAUACUGUGGAAAAAGCUAUGCGAAGCUCGUAUCCACUCUAGGAGUCAGAUGUCGGCAGACAAUAGGGUUGGCCUAUAAAAACUGGAAAGAAGUCAACCCGACUCUGAAAAAUAAAGUUUGGAAAGACAUUCAGGUAAGCUAUUAUUUGUUAGAAUUUUGAUUUGUUUUUCUAUUACUCCAAAUGUUGACUCUAACCGUGUUUGUUUUCCUUCAAAAUAGACGGGGUUCAUUGUGCCGGACACCUUCAAACAUGAUUGUCUCAUCCUAGCUGGGAAGUUAAUGAAAGACUUCAAGAAUAGGAUGAAAAAAGACAUCAUAAUGCCCGCGUUGAAAGAGAAUGAUCUUGGACGACUGGCACAAGUCCCUGAAAUGCACCCAGAGAUCGACGCUGCUGAUUGGUGCAAAUUUGUUGAAAGUCGACUAACUCCUGAAUUUCUGGUACGCUAAUUAUAUUAACACUAAGAUAAACUCUUAAAUAUAAGUACAUGUAUCUAAUGUAUUUUUUUGGCAUUGUAGGAAUUGAGUAAGGUGCAACGUGAACGUCCCUCAAAAAUUCAAUCCAGACAUCGAAGUGGUCGGAGUGGAAUGGUGAAAGUACGGGAAGCUGUGGUAAGUAAUACUUAAAAUUUAAUGUGCUAUCAUGUGCUAUACAAUUUAAUUGGUACUCAUUUCAUUGUUAUAACGUUAUGUAGAAAAAGGACCUCGAAGUUGAAGAUCCUCCCCGCCACCGUGUUUGGAUUAAAUCUCGCACCAAGAGUAGAAAACUUGUCACUGAUUACGACAAGAAAAUUGCAGAGAAGAUAGUAAGUAUAUAUUAAUCCUUAAUUGAGUUCUACUCAUGAGUUAGUGUAUAUAAUUCAUAUACUAAUUGCUUGAAUAUAUGCGUGCAUUAGGCUCAAUUAGAGGAGAAGCUUAGUCAGGGACAAAUUCAGGUCCAGGGC